CAACAAUCUUGGACAAUUUUCGUGUGAUUGAUGGUAGAAAAUUUCAUAAUGUAGAAAAUUCACCGUAUUCAUUUCCGAUCGAUGAAAUAUCAAAUUAUAAUCAUGAUGUGCAACAUGAUAUUUAUAAAGAAAUAUGGGGUGAAAAUUUUUCCUCUCCUGUUCAUGAAAUAUUAAAAUUACGCAAUGCAAAAGUAUUAGAUUGUGGCAUUAUCUACAAUAUUCUAGUACGAGAUAAGGAAGAUUAUUUGGAUGUAGAAUUUCAAAACGAAUUGACAGUGAUAAAAUUUAAACCUUCUGCAUCAAACAAAUUUACAUUAAAAAUUCACCAUCCAUCAACAAGUUCAUUGUCAAAUUCAUUCACUAUUUCUGACAAAAAUCUUGUAAUAAUACUUGAAAAAAAAGAUAAAGAAUUAGAAUGGCAAUCUUUGAUUUUCAAAUAUAAAGAUGAAGAUGAAGACGAUGUUCAAUUAUCAAUAAAAGAGAACAAAGAAGUAAUGGUAGAAAGAUGGUUUUUAACAAGAAAUAAUGUUCAAAGGUGUUCACAAAUUUUAGAAAAUGAAUCAAAAUGGGAUAAAGAAUCUUCUUUAUAUUACGAUAUUAUUGUUUGUUUUCUUAGAUGUUUAAAAAUCUCUAACCUUUCCAUUUAG